UUAACAUUUUUCAACAAAUUUCGUCAUUUUCGUGAUGAAAUAAAGGUGAAAAGAGCUAGUUAGAGUCGUUUGCACCUCCCGCCGUUGUUCCAGCUCACAACGAAGAAAAAGCGAGAAGCAAAACAAGGAGAAUGGAGGAUAAACCGAAAACCACCAUCCGGGACUUGUUCGAAAAUGCCAGGGAGCGCAGAACCUUUCUCAAGAUUUGUGCUCCGAUGGUAAGAUACAGCAAAUUAGAGUUCCGGCAUUUGGUACGAUCUUUUGGGACCGACCUUACGUUUACCAGCAUGAUUAUGGCUGAUUCGUUCUGCCGAAGCGAAAAAGCGCGGUUAAAUGAAUUCACCACGAACAAAGAAGACACACCAUUGAUAGCCCAGUUUGCCGCUAAUAACUCGAUCGAUUUCCUGUCCGCCACCGAAAUGGUCUAUCCCUACGUUGAUGGGGUAGACCUCAAUUGUGGAUGUCCGCAACGAUGGGCGAUGGCGGCAGGGUAUGGUAGCGCGAUGCUGAAAACGCCGGAACGAAUCGUAGACCUCCUGAGCACGGUUCGCCGAAACAUGCCGAACACGUUCAGCGUCUCGGUGAAGGUACGGCUGCUCUCGAAUCAGUCAAUGAAAAGUACUAUCGACAUGUGCCGGAUGCUGGAAGCUACAGGAAUCACCUUCCUGACCGUCCACGGGAGAACGGCGGCGGAGAAAACGAACGUUCCGGUGCACAAAGAGGCUCUACGGGAGAUCAAACAAUCGCUCAGCAUUCCGAUGGUGGCCAACGGUGAUAUUUUCACGCUCGAUAAUGCCAAAGACAUGUAUUCAACUACUGGAUGCGAUGGUGUGAUGGCGGCCCGUGGACUACUUACUAAUCCGGCCUUGUUUUCUGGCUGCAACAGUACUCCGAUCGAGUGUGUCGGGCGGUGGCUUAACAUUUGCGAAGAAGCCGACACCGGCAUGACUUUCCAGUGUAUGCACCAUCAUUUCUCCUUCAUGACGGAAUCGUUGCUAGCCAAGCCGCACCGCAUAGUACUCAACAACCUGGGCAAGGAUAAGAGCAAGGUGUACGGCUUCAUCCGUCAGCAUGUACCGCUACAGGAUGUUAACAGCGAGCGGAUGGUGGUUGAUUUUUCGCCCAGAUUAUGCUGUACGUACAAUGAGGAAGCAUUUCGGGCACGCUUAGCGGAAACACAAACUACGCGCCCUGAUCGCACCUGUGACUACGAUCCUGAAGCGACGGAUGGCAACUUUUUUCAAAGCCAUCGAAACGAGUUGACCGCUGAGGAGAGCUGCAAGCUAGACGACGAUGGCGUAGCCUACAUGGACGGUGGAGGGUUUCUUUUUGAUGAAUAAAAUCUAUUCAACGCAAUUCAA